GGCAUGUAUAGGCGGUAUGUUUUGUGCAAAAUCAAUAUUUGUGUAACAUAUCCAUACUUGCUCGAGUUACACUUGAGAUGCCUAGCGCGAGAUCCACAAAGCCACUUUUACUGUCCCUCGCACACAGCCUUGUUGUGUGAGGCAACAAAAAUAUUUUCCUUGGCCAUAUCACUAUACGAACCUCCGCAAUAGCUACAGAUUGAUUUACACCAAAGAAUAUCAUACAUAUACAAAGAAUACGACUCGAGAACGAUGUCUUGAGCCUAUCUGCCGCGUCAUGUCGAACACUGCCUGUCGCUUUGAGUCUCUCCCGUCAGAAAUACUGCAACUCGUUGUCGACUGUCUCGUCCGUGAUAGUCUUUGCGCGAAUGGCUAUGUAAAUCUUCCACCGUCUUUUGGCCCGUCCUGUGUCGACCAGAAGUACCGGCAAACCAUUUGUAGCCUGCGCUUGACGAACAAAGCGUGGAACGAGGCUGCAAGUCAUGCCCUUGUGCCCAUUGUGCGAAUUGAUCUCAAUGAAGCGUCUUUGGCGCGGGCGGAGGAGAUUGCAUCUACACCAAGCAUCGCUGCUGGUGUUUUAGGGGUCGACCUUGUAUUGGGGUACUGUUCAGAGGAACUCGCGAAUGACUCUAAUGCGUUCGCGAGACUCAAGCUUGAUCGAUUCGACAGCGUCUGCAGCACUUGUCCUUGUUGUCCCAAGUAUAUGGAUCGCUUUUUCGAAAAGUUCCCCAAUUCUAUACUGUACCCAGGUGGAAUUGGCAAGCCGGAGGAUCGCGAAGACGAUGAGGAAGAGGAUGAGGAGGACCCUGACCUGGAGGGUGUAAAUCCAGAAGACGUGAGGCAAGCCAAAGACCGCUGGGAAUUACUCAACGCGGUUUGGGACCCCAGUCCGCUCGUCGAAAACCAAACGCGUAUAUAUGACAAGUCUGCAGCCGAUAUGCUACGAAAGGGACUCGAGCAAUUUCAAACUCUUAGCCAAGAACAACGCAGCCUGGUCACAAGCGGGCGCUUUGCCAACUCCAUAGGCCGCAUUUUAUCGAAAUUUCCACGCCUAAACUCCAUUGUUUUACGAGAUGGAGAUGCUGCGAGGCGCGACCUACCCACUCAAGAGACUAUUCGUACGAUGCUGGACGACGAUGAGGUCCUCAAAAUAGUGGCAGAACCUCUCCCCUGGGCCUUCUACGCAAGUAGGUGGCAAGGUGGUGAUGUUGAAUCGGGAUACUAUCCUCAAAACACUGUCGCAAAACUGCUAUGGGACAUACCCAUUGCGCUACAUAGACAAGGCGUCUCCAUCCGCAGCUUAUCCGUGUCCAGUUUCCCGUGUGGAGAGAAUUUCCAGUUGGGCACGCCAGAAGAUGGUUUUGUGGGCGGGACAGGCGCUGAGUUUCGGGACUUUAUGUCGUCAUUGGAGUCAUUCGACUUUGGCUAUUUCCAUGGAGGUGAACAUGAGUUCUUUAUGCCGCCAAGCAUGCCCGAACGUCAAAAGAAUCAGGUCGCCGAGUACCUGGGUGCAUGUGUUUCCAGCCAUAAUCUGCGUAACUUAAACCUUCACCUGGGAAACUUCUCACCCCCUGUAGACACUUCAGAGCCGCUGUACUUUCCGCUCGGCAAGAUCCUUAGCCAUGUACAUACAAAUACUCUCUUCAGCGUCAGCAUAGAAUAUGUUACCUGCUCGGUGCUCGAAUUCCGAAGUUUGAUUUCCAAGCUGACUCGUAGUACACAAGCGGUCAGGUUUGAGGAUUUUGAAAUAAAUCAUGGCGAAGUUGAUGAUCCCAAGGAGGAAGUUUUAGAGGCAGUUGGUGGGGAGCAUAACUGCUCAGUUUACAUGUCAACAAUUCCAAGGAUAAGAUAUGUUUAGCCAGGUAGUUGAAAACAUGAGACGUAAAAUUUCAAAAUAACGGUCACAAUUAUAAACCCAGACCUUGCAAAGAGCUCACAAGCUUCACCUUGGCUCAUGGGCUCUGUCCACUAUAGCUAGAACAUCUACGUUAUGCCCGUACCGCAGUGGUGCCUCCUCCCAUCAACGUGCGUGUUAACUGUCUAUCUCCUCAUAGGCCAUCAGGUUCAACCAACACAAAUGCAGCCUUUUUUCGGCUUUUCUACAUUUGUCUAGCGCGCUUCGUGCAAAGCAGACUCUGCAACGUCUCAUGUAACAAUAGAAUCCCUAGUCCCAAGCGGCAAGGCAAGGCUACAACAACGGCGGCGCGCUAACAGGUCGCCC